AUGGUUUCUUUCCAAUGCGAAGCUUGCGGAGAUACGCUGAAGAAGCCCAAACUCGAUCAGCACGCUUCGCGCUGUCGCGGAGCGUAUUUCGCGUGUAUUGAUUGUCACCGUACGUUCGAAGGCAUGUCGUAUCGGGCUCAUACAUCAUGCAUGACCGAAGCCGAAAAAUAUGAGAAAACUGUCUACAAAGCGCCAAAGGCCAGCAAACGAAAGUCGGUCUCCAUUCUCGAGCCAAGCGAUCAGAACGCACUGGUGCGCCAAAAUCACCAAGCAUACGUUGAAGACGAAGGGGACAUCGAGAAUCCGCCCCCGGUCCCUACCCCUCCCCCUGCCGUCCGUGAGAACCCCCGGGACAGUGUCUUCGAUUACAUGGUGGACGAAGAGCAGCCGAAUACACCCAAGAUCGCAUUCUCCAAGAAGAACCGUGAGAGCAAAGAAAUGGCCAUGAAGAACGGCGCACCCGCGGUGUUUGGUGACAGCCGGACCUCCAGUCGCAACGGCAAUCGAGACAGCGAAGACCAGUUGCACAGCGAAGAUUUCGUCCAGAACGGUUUCUCUUACGGCUCAGAAGCCAUCAAUCCACGCCCGUUCCAGGACGUGAACGGAAGUUUCUUGUCACUAGAGUUCAUGACGCCCGCCGCAAAGGCUGCCAAGCUGAAACUGAGCGGACCAUCAGUCGAGAGACCUGGUCACAGCAGGAAUAACAGUGGCAGUGAGAAGAAACGGAAACGUGGCCAGUCUGCCCCAGACAUCGAGGGUGACAUACCGAUGGCGGAUGCAGACAAUCAAACAGGAGCGGUUGUGGAGACGCCUAACAUGGCGCAUUCGGGUCUUACCGGCAAUCUGCAGCGCAUGGUCACCGACGACAGUGGCUUCUAUCCGCGCUCUGACUCAGAAGAAGAGUCUCGUGAGCGCAAUGGCAAUGACCGCCGGAAAUCCCGACAUGCGACUGACCCAGCGAGCCCACUGAAGCGGAGCCGCCACAGCAAAGAGCGGCCAGACAAAGAUGAGUCUGGCCUAGGCAUCUCGAUUAAAGGUCGUGCUGUCAAGGCUCUCUCCAUGGUGGGAGGUGCCUUACUUCCGGGUUCGCAGGAUGUUAACAACCCCAAGACUCGUCGCCGGGCAAGCUCGUCGGACCAUUAUGGCCCGUCACGCUCACGCGAAGUAUCGGGCGAGAAACGUGAGAGGAAGAAGCACAAGGUUCAGCGUCAUAAUGGUACUUCGUCCGCCAAUACGCGCCCUGAACACCGAUCACGACGUCGUGGAUCUGAGGAGUCUCCCGAUGUCAGUCGACGAAAGCUAAAGGCUAUUGAAUAUCACAAGCAAGAAGACUCUGGCUCCGACUCGGGUGACGGGAAGCAUGAUAACGGCCAAGUCGUUGUGUUCGGCGCGGCAGACCGUCAAAAGAAACGAUGCGAGUCUUUCUUGGCCAACAUUCCUCGGGUGAGCGAGAGCGAAAAGGGCUACAGCGUUCACAAGGCGCUCAAGAGAUGGCACAAGCAGGCCGAUCACCGGGGUAGUGAGAGGAGCAGCGAGGAAGACGAGCUCUGGAGAGGUCUACGUUUACGGACCAAUGAUCGUGGAGAGACGGUGAUCUGGUUUGCUGUUGGCGGGGACUGA